CCAUCUUAGUUAUAUUUUGGCGUUUGUGAUAUAUGAAUACUAUAUGGAAAUAUUAUUGUAACUCUUUCAAAAAUUUCAAAGUGGGAAUGGAAAAACUGUAUAAUUUACCAUUUUCAAUUCCCGUUACUACCUAAUUAUUGAAAAAACAGGUUUCUGUUUUAGGAGAUUUGAGUGACAACUAACUACAAAAUGUUUUAUGCACACUUCAUAUUAGCCAAAAAAGGCCCUUUGGCCAGAAUUUGGUUGGCUGCACAUUGGGAUAAAAAGUUGACAAGAGCCCAUGUUUUUGAAACAAACAUUGAAAAAUCAGUUGAUGGUAUUUUACAACCAAAAGUAAAAAUGGCCCUAAGAACAUCAGGACACUUGCUUUUGGGAGUGGUUAGAAUAUAUUCUCGGAAAGCUAAAUAUUUACUUCAAGAUUGUAAUGAAGCAUUCGUUAAAAUCAAAAUGGCUUUUCGACCUGGUAUGGUUGAUUUGCCAGAAGGGCAUAGAGAAGCAGCAGUUAAUGCUAUUACACUCCCAGAAGUAUUUCACGAUUUUGAUACUACUAUGCCAGAAUUAAAUGAUGUGGACAUUGAGGCACAAUUUAGUAUGAAUCAGUCUAGGGCUGAGGAGAUAACAAUGCGUGAAGAUUAUGGAAAUAUUGCUCUAGUUACUAAUGACGAUGGUUUUGGUGACAUGGGGUUUGAUACAGAUGCCCCUGAUCUCAUGAGACAUAGUUCUGGUAUGACACCUUCUAUGGAACAGGGUAAUUUAUUAUUCAGUGAUGGACCCUUAGACGGUGUAGGAUUAGAUAAAGACCAAGAACCUAUACCAUCUACAUCUGGAACUCAACAUACUCCUAUGGAAAUUGACACUUCUGUUAGGGAUGAUGGAUUUGGUGGUAAUCUAGAUCAAAAUAUGAUAGGUGGUGGAUUAUUUGAAGGAGGUCUUUUUGAUGACACUCCGAUGGGUGAAGUGCCUCCUGUUGAACCCCCAAUACCUGAAACUUCUAAUACAAUGGCAACAUCACAAGAUAGUGAUGAUGACAUGGAUAAUUUCGGUGGUCCACCAUCUGUAGGAGGUCACAGCACUGAUGAAUCAAGACCAGUUUCACCAAUGGAUCAUGCCCCAGUGGCUCCUUCCCCAACACCAACAGUUAGAUCAAUAAGGUCAAUCCAUCAGGAACCUCAGCCGGUGGAACAACAUGAACCAGAACGAGUGAACACUCCAGUGGAUCAAAAUAACCUGUUGCCAAAUAGCAAUAACGAAGAAGAAAGUUUUGCUUUAGCUCCUGUGGAUGCUUCAGUUCUGAAAGGAUUCACUAAAACAAAACGGAAAAGAAAACUAAUUGUUGAUGAAGUUAAAAACAUAUCAGGCGAAGAGAUGAAAAAUCAAUUAUCAGACACAAGCGACAUUGUAACUACCCUCGAUUUGGCGCCUCCCACCAAAAGACUGAUGCACUGGAAAGAGACUGGUGGAGUGGAGAAACUAUUUGCUCUUCCUGCUAGACCUAUUCCCGCAAGAGCGCUCUUUAAGAAUUACCAGAGACAUCUUACCCUGAAAACUGUCAAUACAGAUGAAUUUGGUGCUAUCCCUUGUGAUGAAUCCUUGCCGUUGGACCAAGUGAGAGAUGCUGAAGAACCGCCUUCAAUAGAGCUGCCUACUCCUGUGAGAAGGGGGCGUAAGAGAAAGAUCCAAGAAGACCAUAAUCAAACUCCUCAUCACCAGUCCCAUUCAGAUAUCAUGACGCCACACCAUUCGAUGAUGCAACCUGAGGAAAUGCUCGCAGCCAUGAUGCCGCCAACGCCUAUGUCCGUACCGACUAUGGCUCCUCCCACACCCAUAGCACUUCCCACCCCUAUGAUCCCACAAUCGCCAAUGCCAAUGGCUCCGCCCACACCUUUACGUCCCCCUACACCGAUGAUGCAGCCACAGACUCCAUUACCUCCACCAUCACCAAUGCAUGUUCCGAUGCCUUCACCAUCGCCAAUGAUGGAUCAAAUGCCAGGUACGCCUAUGAUGUCCCACAUGCAACCCCAGCAGAUGUCGCCACACCUUCAACAGUGUAUGCCAAGUCACCUGCAACAAAUGCAGAUGCCUCCAGGCACACCGCAUAUGAUGCACCACCAGCCCGAAGAUUUGCAUAUGCCCAGUACGUCCAUGUAUCAUCCCCAGACACCAGGUUACCAUAACACCUCGGCACCGCCCACACCUUUACACCAUAUGGAAGAGAUGCCUCAGCUACAUGCAGAUCAGGUCAAGUCAAUACUUCAAGAACAAGAGCACAUGGGAGGUAUGGUACCUUCGAUGACUCCACACGCCACAACAGAAGAUCUGCUUGCUCACGGUAUCGGUGGGGCCACUCCCCACCACAGCGGCAUAGAACCAAGUUUACCCUUGGAACAGUUGGAGAAUUUGCAUGACCACCUGCCUUCGAUGGAAAAUAUGGGCUACGACCAGAGUCAAAUGGCGAAUAUGGGUUACGACGAUCAGUUGCCCCAACAUCCGGGUAAUAUGUCGGAGAGGGCACAUUCGCCCUGGCAGGGAGAUUUUGAUUUCCCACAUUCGGCUGGUCCUGCUGAAGAGCAACAACAAGAUGAAACAGAUGAGCAGUUCGAGGAACGAGUACUGAAUAAGAGAGCCUAUCAGAUGUUCAAUGUAGUGAAGGGAAAAUUGGAAAAUACGGACAGAAUAACCUUGACAGAAAUGUGCUACAGGAACAACAAGAAACAGGCUGCCCAGAAGUUCUACAGUUUGCUGGUGCUCAAGAAAUUCCAUGUUUUGGAGCUGGAACAAGCAGAUGCAUAUGACGAGAUUUUCGUGUCUAAGGGAAAGAAAUUCUGCGAUCCUAUGAUGUAAAUUUUAGACGGAGGAAGGAAGGGCAAAUCAAAUAAUGUAUGUAUUUUUAUUGUACAAUGCCUUCAAAUGUUUAAUAUAUUUUCAGAAAUUAAGGUAGAUAGAAAGAGAGAAAUAUUGUACAUACAAUUUUUUUAUCGACAAAAUUAUUAAGGGAUCAAUCAUAUUGGUUUUAUGCACCAAAGUUUCUUAUUUCAUAUUAUUAUUUUAUCAUUUAUAUUGAAGAUGAAUGCUUGUUUGAUAAGAUUUACUAUCUCCAUUACUUUUGAUGGACUGUUUUAUUUUUGUUUGUUUUUUUUUUUUUUUCAUUGAUAUACACCAGUUUAUUCAUCAUUUUAAUGUUAACUGUAAGUAGUUUCUUUUAUUUUUACACUACACUAAUAAUCUAAGAGGCAAGGUCAGGAAACCAUGGACGAUUUCUGUUAGGAAUUAAAUUUUAUAUUUUCCUAAAUUAUAAAAUGAAUGAAGUUAUUUGGUCCUAAAAUUAAAAUAUUAAUUAUAUCAGAAUUUUUAUCUUUUAAUGGAAUCUUUCAAUAUUUAGAUGUUGAGUUCAAAUAUAUAUAUAGUUGAAGUUUUAUAUUUAUUUCUGUUGAAUUUUCAAUAACUUUCAAAAAUUUUCCAUUGGAUGAUAAGAAAGAUAUUUUAUUUUUCCUCUUGAAUUCAGAAUUUUAUUUAAUCUGACUUCAACUUGAAAAAAUAUUUGUGAAUAAGAAAAUAUUUUUGUGGAAUUUCUUUAAUUAAAAAAAUACCAUUUUUAUUUUAGAACUGAAAUUUCUCAUUGUAUUCAGAAUUUCAUCUGUUAUGAACAAGUGAUAUAUGUUUUGAUAAUGUAUUCAUUUUAUUCAGAAAACUGAGAAAUCUUUCAUGGUUUUCAAUUUUUUUUUAGUAUUAAGUAUCAAAAGUAAUAGAGAUUAUUUUGUGUGAUCACACUGUGUCAGAAGUUUUGAAAUUGAGAUUUCUUGUAAAUUACAUCUGUUAAUUUCCUAAAAGUUGGAAUGAAGUUUUGUAAAGUAACAUUACUGGAAAAAUAGGAAAAUUGAUCUUUGUAAAUUAUUUCGAUUAGAUUAUAGGUUCUUAGGUAGUAAGGUGAUCAUUGAAGAUAUAUUUAAUAUUAUUGUUAUUAUGUUAUAGUAAAUGUUUAUAACAACAAAUAUUCAACAGUUUUUUGUUGUUUAUUCUGUAUUUGAAAUCAAUGGUUAUUAAUAAAGGUCAAUUUUUGAAGUAUA